AUUUCAGCAGUUGUUUUGCGGGGUCAGGUUAUUUUUACUCGGGCUAGACUUCUUUUCCGAUAUAACGGACGGUUUACCAAUUCUUUGUUUUCUUUCGCACUAAAAACUCUCCAAUAACAGUUUAUAAAUAACAGGUCGACAACGACUCAUCACUGCCGCAUCACUACGAUCGGCGAUGUCAAACGUCAAAAGAAUAAACCACGACCAAGUAACAACGUAACAAGUAACCUCACUUAAGUCUUUUUUAUCUUAUCGAAAUGUUACCACGAAGGCAAAACGAGGGCACGAAACCAUGAAUUGGUCUCCAGGUAGCUACUUUAGCGACGUGUGACGUUGCAGGAAGACCGCUCAAUAUGUUAAUGUGGUUUCGCACAAUAUACCCUCCGCUUUUGUGUCUUUUUCUUGCACCGCUGUCCGAUGGCCAGCUGCUGGAAGGGCUGUAUUGCGGUAGGACGAACUGCUACGAUGUCCUGAACGUGACCAGAUCGUCCACAAAGGGGGAGAUCUCGAAGAGCUACAGACAGCUAGCCAGACGAUUUCAUCCAGACUUGCACCGUUCACCCGAGGCCAAGGAACAAGCUGCUGAGCAAUUCAAAAUCAUCGCAAAUGCCUACGAGAUACUCAAAGAUGACGAAUCUAGGAGCGAUUAUGACUAUAUGCUCGACAAUCCAGACGAAUACUACGCUCAUUACUACAGAUAUUACAGGCGUAAGGUGGCCCCUAAGGUUGAUGUGAGGAUAGUGAUUGUAGUUACGAUAUCUAUCAUAUCGGCGGUACAAUAUUUCAGCGGGUGGCAACGAUAUAAUACAGCAAUCAGGUAUUUUGCCACGGUGCCAAAAUACCGGAACCGCGCGUUGGAGAUCGCCAAGGAAGAGGGAUUGCUGUCAGACACAAAAUCCAGGCCAAGAGACAAGCACGCAAAAUUGUCCAAAGAUGAGAUCGACGGGAUUGUAAGGAAAGUGAUUAUAGAGAAGAUGGACAUCAAGGGUGCUUACGCCAAACCGACUGUUUUUGAUCUUCUCUGGGUGCAGCUAGUGGUGUUGCCAUACACUUUGGCCAAGUUUGUAUAUUGGUACCUGUCCUGGUUUGUGCGGCACAGCGUACUUGACCGACCGUACGAUGAUGAUGAGAAGCUUUAUUUGAUCAGAAAAUAUAUGAAGAUGAGCCAAGUACAGUUUGAGGCUCAGGAGCCCGAGAAGAAAGAUGAGUUUAUGCGCCGGAAACUGUGGAUCAGAGAGAACUUUGAAGAGUGGUUCAAAGAAGAGGAAGAAAACACCAAGAAGCAAUUGGCGGAGAGCAAUCGAUACAAGCAGUAUCGCAGGUUCCUCAAGAAUCACGGCGUUGGAAGAAUGACUUUUGACGAUUCAUAAUUGUGAAUAAACAUUUCAGAUAUCAACACGAUACAAGGCUUUUGAAAAUUUAUUCCUGAGGAAAACGUCGCGGGUUUUUCACAGUCGCUAUCUGACAGCUGACUAGGCCGAUAUUACUAAUGAUAUUUUUAUGAUAUGGAUCCUUUAUCAAAUAUUGAUUAUACAGGGUGGGCCAUGAAUCAGUCAACAUUUGAAAAAAACAUUUGGCAUAUUUUAAAAAUUGUUUUUUCAGAAGAAAGCUAAUUAGUUGGAAUUCAUUUCUUGAAAAUGUUAGACCACCGUUACGAUUUUUGCACUCUUCUAAACGUGUACCGAAGUUUUCGAAUACUCGUCCGCAUAAACACUGCGAGAUCGCGGACAUCUCUUCGUUGAUGUUUUCUUUUAGCUGACGGAGUGUACUUGAUUUAUUGAUGUAUACACGACUCUUUAAAUAACCCCAUAAAAAGAAGUCUGGUGGGGAUAGAUCUGGGCUUCUGGGUGGCCAUGGGAUGUCGCCUCGUCUGGAAAUGAGCUUUACCGGAAACAUUUCUUUGACCACCGGCAGGGACUCGUUGGAUGUGUGACACGUGGCUCCAUGUGUUACGAUUAUAGCCAGCAAAUUCCAGUAGCAUCGGUGCCAAGAACUCCCGUAACAUUUUCACAUACUCAGCAGAAUUAACAGUAACUGAAUGGCCGCGAGAAUAUUCAAAGAAGUAGGGGCCAUCUGUUGCUUGGUGUAUUAGGUUUAAAUGUUAACGAAUUCUUGGCCCACCCUGUAUAAGUAUGGCAAAUGGAGUAUACAAACUUUAUAAUAUUUGUGAUAAUAGUUAGAAAAUCAUCGAGUCUACGGCCGUCGGAAAGUUUCACUGAACAGCGACCUAAUGAAAUAUUAUAGGAAAUAAAAAAGUUUUCAAAAAAUAUAAGAAACAAAUGUAUUCUGAUGAAACCAAAGAUUUAUACUGUGAAAAAUGUUCAUUGUGUUAAAAAAUAACGGGUUUCAGUAUGAGUACAUAGUUAUUUGGGGGUAUUUAUAGUGGAAUGGGGUAUUUUACUGUCGAACCAGUAUAUGACUUGUAGCUAAAAAGAAUGUUACAUCAUCGUAUCUUUUGCAGUAUUACUUCUCAUGUGUGUAUUUUUUCUAAUAAACUUAGAUACUUUGGAUAUUACAAACGGAAAAA